AUUAACGGAUCAUUGGCUAGGAGGGCCAUCAAAGAUCUAAUGGCCAGGGGUUCAAUCAGGAUGGUUUCUGCUCACUCUGCCCAGCAAAUUUACACAAGAGCUACCAACACUUGAACAAUAUUAUAUUUCUGUCCACUUUCUGCCAUGAUUAUUAGUAUUCUGUAAUGAGGGGAUUUUCCCUUGUAACCAUUUGUGGUUGUUGCUACAGUAGCUGCUGUUUUUGCUUCUGCUUCUGAGUUUUUUUUCUGGCUUUUUUCAUUGAAAAUUUGUGGAACAUGAACAGAUAUUUUCUUCUGCUUAGCUUUUUUUCAAACUUAGUUUUGGUUUA